AUGCUUCAGGUUCUAGGUAUUGUGAAGCACAUUUUUUGGAAUGACGCCAUGUAUGACAGGUCGCUAUUACCAUCGGAGGCAUCGAUGGAGAAAUGCCACUUAACAUGGAGUGACUUGGCGGCUAUGACAGGUCGAAAUCGUGUGGCCUUAUUGGCUGAGUGUGGCAUCCAUCAUUCACUUAAUCCCGUUUUCAUGCGGGCGAUACAUCAUGUUACGUCGCGCAGUGGCUCAGGAUGUGAGGGAUUCCAGAUAGUUCACACCCGCCUGAGUGCGCGUCUGUGGAGCCCUUCUCUCCGGAGAACUUCUUUACUUGCUCCAACGGUUGUCAACAGCGACAUUUUUGUGGAUGGGAAGGCCGAAGGUAUAAUAAGUGACGAAACAGUAUCGAGUAACGCAGUAAACGAGCACAAAAGGCGGAGAACGAAGUAUAAUGGGUUAUUGAAUCAGGGAGCGACAUGUUACUUGAAUUCGCUCCUCCAGACAUUGUUCCACAUUUCCGAGUUUCGGUUGGCAAUUUAUCAAAUACCUACAGCAGAAGAAGCUGAGGAGAAAAACGAUGUAAAUAUUAAGGCAACGAAGUCUAUUCCGUAUGCAUUACAGAGGUUGUUCUGCCAUCUCCAAACGGGGAGUGAGGCUGCUGAUACUACUGAGCUUACCGAGUCUUUUGGAUGGAGUUCAAGCGACAGUUUUGUCCAGCAUGACGUUCACGAAUUGACAUGUGAACUGCUUGAUAAGUUGGAAAACAAGUUAGGAGGAGUGCGAAAGUCAGAUAAUGGUUUUACGGUGGAAGAGAUUGCAAGCAAUGCCAUUAGUCGAUUAUUUGUUGGAAUCUUAGAAAGUUUUGUUCGUGUCGGUGAAGUGGGUUACUAUGGGGCAAAGGAGCAACUUUUUUACGAUAUACAGUUGGUUGUGAAGAAUACGACAGAUAUAUACGCUAGUUUGGAUAAAUUUUUCCAAGUGGAGGUCCUUGAUGGAAAGAACAAAUAUUGCCUCGAACACGACGGCCAAAAGACUUACCACUGUGCAGAAAAGGGUGUUCGUCUGAAGCUUACCCCACCGAUUCUAAUUCUUCAUUUGACACGAUUCGAUUACGAUCCGCAAAAAGGUGAGACGAAGGUUCUGAGUCGUUGGGUUUAUUACCACACACUGGACCUGUCUAAGUACGUGCCUCACGCCUCGUUGGAUGAAGUUCACUACACCCUUUGUAGCGUGCUAGUUCAUUCGGGCUCCAAUGCUGGGUUUGGGCACUAUUUUUGCUUUAUAUGGUGCUCAGAUGCGUGGUACAGGUUCAAUGAUGGUGUUGUGAGUCAGGCGUCACUUCGGGAUGUUUUCGAAACAAACUUUGGAGGAUCAAGAAUAAACUACUGGGGUUCUCAGGUUCCGAGCAUAGCCAACGCUUACAUGUUGGUAUACAUCCGAACGUCUCAGUUAAAGCAGAUGUUGCGGCCUGUCGAGUUGAAGGAUGUUCCGUUGCACGUUGCACAGCAGUUGGAGAGAGAGCGCGAAGAGCGUGAAAAAAGACUCAGGGAGAAGGCUGAGGACCAUUUGUACGGUCGCAUCCACUUUAUAGAACCCCAUGAUAUUGUGGCUAAAAAUGAGUUUCUUUCCUGCCGACGACCUGCUGGGGCGCAAUUUCCGUCCCAAAGAACCCUUAGGGUGCUUCUGAGUUCCGAGGCCCUUCCAGCGUUUAACUCAUUUGUUGAUGAUAAGCUGGGGGUCCGCAGUUCCGAGCAAACUCUGUGGUACGUAGCAUCGAAAGGUGUACGCAAUCGCUUUUCUUUGCAUCGGCGUGUUUCAGGGAGACUUGCCGUGUCUGACGUAUUAGGUGGGGAUAAGGAAUGUUGUGUUCUCGUUGUUAACGCAGCUAAUGCGCAUUGCAUCGAGGUAGAUGGAGAUGAAGAGCUGGAACAUGACUUAAUUCACCACAAAGUUUACACUCCUAUGCAGCUGAAGGUUCACUUUGUUGGUUGCACAGUGAUAUCCCGCAAGAAGAGGGUUGAAUUUUCAGACGUUUUCGAAAAGAUGGAAUCCUUUGUACGGAGCGCCAUAGCGGGGAUUGCAGACGACGUGGCCAAAACGCGUGAUCAUCACUUGACUGGCGUAUGUUUGAAGAGCGUUGAAGAAGUCAGGACACCGACGGUGGCUCCCUUUCUUCCCUUGUCGCUUGGUGGUUCUGGCUACGACAGGGACAUUAACAAAUCCGUGAAUAAAUUAACCGUACUCAUCGAAGAUGAACAGGGGAAAUUUUUAUCUUCUCAGCAGUACCUACAGUCCGGUGACACACUUAUUUGGCAGGAGGAGACACCGGGGGUCGAUGCGCGUAAUAUAUUUUAUUCCGAUAUUGUUAGUUUUCAGCAUUUUCUCAGGCGUCGUAUCCCCGUGGAGAUCAAGCUAAAUUCACCCCCCUCGUACCCUACUCUUGUUGAUGCGCAGUUGGCAGAUGACAUGACGUAUGAACAGCUCCAGCGAUAUGUUGCUCGACUGAUUGGUCAAUCAGACAAUUAUGAUCGUGUUCGUUUUACGAUGUAUAAUCCAGAAACUCGAUUGCCGUAUUUCAUGAAGGGGCGCCGAAGUGAUCGCUCGAAUCUCACGAGGUUGCUUUCCCCUCCUGUUCAACGUUCUAUACCACUCUCGAAAAUUCUUUACUACGAGUACUGUAAGUACACGGUAACGGAAAUUGAGGCGGCUCAUUCGCUUCAGUUCAAGCUGUUUGGCAGUUGUGUAAGACCCAUCGGUGAAUACUGGGUGUUGAUGCCACGUGAAGAGCAAAUUACACCAAAAGCGCUUUUCGGCCAAUGCGUGAAAGAGAUCAGUGAUGUGAGGGCCACCGAGUCCGUUAACUCACUAGCCGUUUCUCAGUCUGUGAGGAGUGACAGGGAGAAGGAGCCCCAGACUGGGGAGAUGACUCAAUCUGAAUUAAACUACUACGCAAGCCUGGACCCACAGGAGGCGUGGCGAACCCUCCGGUUGGUGGACGUGUGGUGUGGGAGGAUUUACAAUGUUUUUGAUAAGGAUCAUGCACAAACAUUUAAUCGCUCCACAUUUGAGGAGAGUGCGGAAUAUCGCAUUGAGGAGUUGCCUAAACCCAUAGAUGGUGUUCCCCCCCAAAAUCAGUCCAUUAUCCAAGUACAUCACUUUACACUGCUACGUAAUCGUGCGAACCCUGUUGACACGCAUGGCAAUCCUUUCAGUAUCUACAUUGGUCAUGACGAGAUGGCACCAUCACUCCUUCAGCGUAUAGCGAUGAAGCUAGGUUUAAGUGAAGCUGCAGUGGUUGACUGGAAGAUGGCUCUUGUCAAGGAAGAUCGUGUUCUAGAGGUGCUGCCCACUGUCGCGAUGGGAAAACAGCUAUUCGAUUUUUGUGACGAACAUCAUUACCAGCCCAACAAACAACCCCCUACGAAGAUGGCCUUCCUCGGCUUGGAACACGCUCCGUUAUCGAAAAGAUGUGCAAGGAAAGAGGAUAAGGUUGUUAUCCACAAUUAA